CAAACACCCAAACAAACACAAAAAAAAAAAAAAAAAAUAUCCGAACCAAACUCACAAAAACCGUCUGUUCCUCUUCCCCGCCUUUCUUAGUGUGUGAGUGUGUGUGAAUCUCUUCCCCCCCUCUGGGUUUUGUUUCUAUGCAUAUGAUAUCCGUAUCUUCAACAAUUAUAUGCAUUCCUGCAUAUUCAUCCACUCUUUUCCCCUUCCCCUUUACUUUGACUGAUCAUUUCCCAUUCUCCGAUUCCCUUUGUCCUUUCCUAAAUCCCCCUCCCCCUCACAAACAGUCUUAAUUCGAUUUUUUUUCUUAAAAAAAAAGUUUUGAGAAAAAUGGAUUGUACUUCUCAGACGACGGCGUUUGAUUACGUGAAAUACGAAAAGGCUAAGGCCAUGGCUCGGUACAACCGGUUUCGGAAGAUCUCCAAGUUCUUGCAGUUUCUGGAAAUUCUGGUUGCUCUCGCCUUGAUUUCCUGGUCUUCCACUUUCCUUCCCGGAGUUUUUAAACUCUUCGGCGAGUUUUUCCUUGAAGCGGUUCGUUACGUUUGUAAUCCCCACGUCGUUUUCCUCAUCGGCAACGUGAUCGUCGCCGUUCUGUUUUUUCUCCGGCGAGACAACGACGCCACGGGAAAUGACGGCUCCCACGGCGAUCUCUACGACGAUUAUGUCCGGCACAGCGGCGACCGGACCAAAGUGUAUGUGCCUGACGAAAUUAAGAGUCCGCUGCUGCCGCUGCCGACGCCGCCGGAGAUUGACGGGUUGACUGCUUCCCCUGCUUCCGCCGCCGAGGAAUUCAAUGCGGAAGAGGAGAAACAAAUCGUGUGCGUUCACUCGGAGGCGAAAUGCGACGACGCGAUGUCGGCGGCGAUCGAGACGGCGACGAAGCAGAUUGAGAAGUUCCAGAGAACACAGUCGGUGAAGCUGAGGAGGGAGAUGGCGCCGAAGACACGGCCGGCGGAGUUAAGGCGGUCGGAGACGGUGAAAGUCGGAGGAAGGCGGGCGGAGAGGAGGAUGGGGAUGACGACGACGACGACGACAUCGUUGGACAGGGUGGAUAAAUUGAGUGACGAAGAGUUCAACAGGACAAUCGAAGCCUAUAUUAAGAAUCAUCAGAAAUCACUCAUGGAGCAGAAACUGGCUGAAACCAAAGAAGAGUUUCAUAAAUUGGAGAUAAGGAGGAACAAUAAUUACAUUUGUGCUCGUUAAUUUCGUAGUUUUUACUGCGGUGUUUUAGCCCUUUUGCAAUUUUUAACCUGGACUAGUAAAAAGAUGGAUGAACAUUUUCGGUUGGAUUUCCCACUGUUCUCUGUUUUUUUUUUUUUUUUAUCUUUUGCAUGAAUCAAAAACGUUUGUUAGUGGUCAUGGUAAUAGAUUCCGUAUGAUGUACAGCCAUGGAAUUUGUACUAAGAUUAGCUUUGUCUGGUUCUCUAUUUUCUCAAGAAUUAGCAAACAAUAAUAUUACAUCCUUUACUUAAUUCGCAAUUUUGUAUGUGUUUUUCAGUUUCUUCACUCUGUUUUUAACGUUGGACUAAAUGAUGAUGAGGUUAUCAUUGAAGGUGUAUAGUUUUAGUUAUUGGUUGAUUGAACUAUUGAAGUGAUAAGCAUUAAUUGAUAUCAAAUUGGGCGAAAUCUGGUUUGAGAACGAAGGCGACUUAAUUUGGGGGAUAAUUAUCCGGCAGAAUUUGUAUUUAUG